AACGCGCCUAGGUUUCCUCUCAUCUCACACAGUCACACUGCAGUUUUAGCAGCUGGACACACAGAGCAGGGCCCAUUUCUUGGUGGCCUCUUGGGUUUAGUUUUGUUCUUUCUCCAAUCUGGUAGCCGAUCUGCUGAUUUGAAGGUUUCUAGCGCUUGAGAAGUUGCGAUGGGCAUUGUCGACGUCGUCUCCGAGUUUUGCUCCUUGCCGAGGACUCGCCGGCACAUCAAGAAGAGGAAGCAGUUCCAGACGGUGGAGAUGAAGGUGAGGAUCGACUGCGAAGGUUGCGAGCGGAAGGUGAAGAAGGCCCUGGAAGACAUGAAGGGCGUGAGCUCCGUGGAGGUGGCGGCGAAGCAGAACAAGGUGACUGUGACGGGGUACGUGGACACCGCCAAGGUGAUGCGGCGCGUGGCGUACAAGACGGGCAAGCGGGUGGAGCCGUGGCCGUACGUGCCGUACGAGACGGUGGCGCACCCCUACGCCCCAGGCGCCUACGACAAGAAGGCGCCGGCCGGGUACGUGCGCAACGUCGUCGACGACCCCACCGCUGCGCCGCUGGCCCGUGCCUCCUCCACCGAGGUGAGGUACACCGCCGCCUUCAGCGACGAGAACCCCAACGCCUGCUCGGUCAUGUAGCUAGCUGCUCGGGUCGGAGCUGGCCGGCCGUGCUUGGUGGCCGGUGUCAUGCGGAGUGUGGCCAGGACCCGGAGGAGGCGUCUUUCGUUCUUGCCUCUUCGGAGUAGUUGUUACCUUGUUGGUGUUGGAGUUUUGUUUCCUUUUCUUGCAUUGUUAUGUUCUGAUUUGAUGUAAAAGAUGUUGAUUUGGUGAGGAAGAAUCUUCAAUAGUACUUAGUAGUAGUAUUGUGUAAAGCUACAAAAUCAGUGGUCCUCG